AUGGCUUCCCGUGUCCUUGUCUCUGGUCUUCCCCGGUCCCUCCCUCCCCUUCCUCCGGGGCCUAGUCCUUCCUGUGUCCCCUGUGUCGAGGGGCAGCUCCGAGCUGCCCCUCACUCCUCUCAGUUUCCCCCGACAGAGGCCCCGCUGCAAACGCUUCACAUGGACGUGUGGGGCCCGGCCCGCGUCCGUGGACAGGGUCACGAGCGCUACUUCCUACUGGUGGUUGACGACUACUCGCGUUACACCACAGUCUUCCCCUUCCGCAGCAAGGGUGAUGUCGCUGAGGUGUUGAUCGAGUGGAUCCGCGCAGCUCGUCUCCAGCUCAGGAGGAGCUUCGUCUCGGACUUUCCUGUUCUGCGUCUGCACUCUGACAGAGGCGGAGAGUUCUCCUCUGGCCUUCUACGAGCCUACUGCCGUGCGCGAGGCAUCCGCCAGACCUUUACGCUUCCGUACUCUCCACAGCAAAAUGGGAUUGCUGAGCGCCGCAUAGGCAUGGUCAUGGACGUCGCUCGUACGCCCAUGAUGCAUGCGGCUGCCCCCCAUUUUCUGUGGCCGUUUGCGGUUCGGUACACGGCGCAUCAGAUCAACCUUCACCCCAGGGUCUCCAGACCGGAGACCUCCCCAGCCUUGCUGUGGACGGGGAAGGUUGGCGAUGCGUCUGCGUUCCGUGUCUGGGGAUCUCGGGCGUUUGUCCGCGACUUGUCUGCGGACAAGCUGUCCCCUCGUGCUGCCCCCUGUGUCUUCCUUCGCUUCCCCCCUGACGCCCUUGGGUGGCAGUUCUACCACCCCACCUCUCGUCCUGUUGUGUCCUCCCAGGACGUCACGUUCGACGAGUUAGUACCCUACUACCGCCUCUUCCCCUACUGCACUCCUUCCCUCCCCCCGCCACCGCACUUCCUUGUGCCAGGUCCCCUCCCGGUAUACCCCCUCCCCCCUCAGGGUCCAGCCCCUCCAGGUGUGUCCCGGGUAGAUGCAGUCGAGCCGGUCGAGGUUGCUGGUGACUCUGGUACUGCUGCGGGUGCUGAGCCUGGGGGUGCUGAGCCUGGGGGUGCUACGACUGGGGGUGCUGAGCCUGGGGGUGCUACGACUGGGGGUGCUGAGCCUGGGGGUCCUUCGCCUGGGAGUGCUGCGUCUGGAGCUGCUGAGCCUGGGGGUGCGGAGCCCGCAGCCGCUGGACCUGCUCGUGUGGCGUCUGGCGGUGCAGGGCCUGGUGGUUCUCCGGUUGCUUUGUCUCGGCGGGAGCCACUCUCUCCACAGGAGCUGCGCGAGUGGUUCGCCCGGCGCAGGAGGCGUACUAUUGGAGCUGGUGAUUCUUCGGCUGCUGAGGGUGCUAGUGCCGUCGGUCUCGGAGGUGCUAGUCCUGGGAGUGCUACUGGAGUCCGAGCUGCUGAGGUUGUUGGCGCUGAGGCUACUGCUGUCACUCCUAGCGGCGGUCCUGCUGCGGGUGCUGCUGGUGCUGAUGUAGAGUGUCCACCGCCUGUCCAGUCGCAGUCACAGUUACCGCCGGCCUCCCCACUGCCUUCUCCUUCUCCGUACACUGGUCCUACUGGAGGUCUUGCUGAGCGUUGUGAGCCCGCGUCUCGUCCUGCGUCGCCUGUUCGUGCUGCUAGCACUAGUGGUCGCAGUUCGCGUCAGCGUCCUCCUCCUUUCCCUGGCACGCACCGGAUGUCUCUGCCUCCGUCCACUGCUCCUCUGCGUGCCCCUUUGCCCUCUCCUCUUGAGUCCUCUCUUCCUGUGCUUGCCGACCCUGAGUCGGACUCUCUUUGUGCUGCCAGUCCUACUGUCACGCGUCUCCUUCCUACUGUCAUCACUGACCCCUCCUUUGAGUCCACUGCUGCGUAUGCUCUUGUUGCUGAGCUCGUCGACUUUGCUGCUCGCUGCCGUCUAGACUACGCUGCUAGUCUUGUUGCUGAGUCUACGUCAGUCUGUCCUCCGUCCGUCGAGGGUGAGCGUGCUCUUGGCACGGACGUCCUUGAGGACAGAGACCCGAAUGCACUAGACAUCCCGACUCCGCGCUCUUACGCGGAGGCCAUAGAGGGUCCCUACUCCUCUCAGUGGCAGGCAGCUAUGGAUGCAGAGAUGGCUUCCUGGAAGUCCAAAAGCACCUACGUUGACGCGGUUCCCCCUCCUGGGGCGAACAUCGUCAGUGGCAUGUCGAUCUUCAGGGUGAAGCGGCUGCCGGGCUCUCCACCUGUCUUCAAGGCGCGGUACGUGGCUCGUGGCUUCAGUCAGCGGCAGGGAGUUGACUACUUUCAGACCUUCUCUCCCACCCCGAAGAUGACCACUCUUUGGGUGCUGCUACACGUAGCCGCUCAGCGUGACUACGAGCUUCACUCCCUUGACUUCAGCACUGCUUUCCUGCAGGGUAGCCUGCACGAGGAGAUCUGGUUGCGCCGUCCACCUGGCUUCACUAGGACUUUCCCUCCUGGCACCCAGUGGAGCCUCCGACGGCGAGACUAUGCUGACACUGCUGGACUCGCCCACGUGAAGUCGGAGCUGCAGAAGAGACAUACGUGCACAGACCCUGGUGAACUGCGCAGCUACCUUGGCUUGCAGAUCACCCGGAACAGAGCACGCCGCACCAUUACCCUGACUCAGUCACACAUGGUGCAGCAGGUCCUUCAGCGCUUCGGCUUCACGUACUCCUCGCCUCAAGCCACUCCUCUGUCUACUCGCCACUCGCUCUCAACUCUGCCUUCGGAUGAGUCCGUAGAGUCGAGUGGCCCGUACCCAGAGCUUGCGGGCUGCCUCAUGUACCUGAUGACCUGCACACGACCUGACCUUGCAUACCCUCUUAGCAUUCUUGCACGCUAUGUUGCUCCUGGGAGACACAGACCAGAGCACAUGGCUGCAGCUAAGAGGGUGUUGCGCUACUUGUGCAGUACGUCGGGCAUGGGGCUAGUGUUUGGAGGGCAGAGUCCAGUGGUCCUCACUGGGCACGCGGACGCUUCUUGGGCAGACGACCAGGCUACACAGCGGUCGUCACAGGGUUACACCUUCAGCCUUGGUUCCGGCUCUGUUUCGUGGCGGGCUACUCGCUCGUCUUCUGUUCUCGGCUCCAAUUGUGAGGCUGAGAUCUACGCCGGGGCCACGGCUGCACAGGAGCUUCGCUGGCUUACCUACCUGCUGACUAACCUCGGAGAGCCGCCUCGUUCUCCUCCGGUGCUGUACGUAGACAACAAGGCCAUGCUAGCCUUGUGUCGGGAGCAGCGCCUGGAGAACAAGACGAAGCACAUUGCUCUCCGCUACUUUCUUGCUCGUGAGUUGCAGCAGCGUGGUCAGUUGCGACUUGCGUACGUGGCCUCUGAGGCCAACAAUGCUGAUGUUUUCACCAAGGCACUUCCGCUUUGUGAUCAUCAGCGCUUCUGCACUCAGCUGGGUCUUGUGCCUGUCUUGCCUCACUUGCUCACCCCUUGA